AUGCAUUCAGUAGCUCUUACUGAAGACAGCAACCACCCUGCCACCUGUUGGAAAAAGCUGAAACUACUUCAGAAAUCGCACUUACCACUUAUUAAUUUGUACCAGGACCAAGUAAACAUAGAGUCAAAGAAGAAGACUGUUAAAUUUAUUGGUGAACUUGUCAAUUUUGGAGUGUAUGCCAAGAAGGAAGUGCUGCGUGCAUUGAAGCUGCUCUUAUACGACUUUACCCACCACAAUAUAGAAAUGGUGUGUUGUCUACUGGAGACAUGUGGAUGUGUAUUGUAUGCAGCAUCAGAUACUCACCUCAGCAUUAAGUACUAUCUUGAGCAAAUGAUGAGGUUGAAGACAAUUAUGGCUUUAGAUUCCCGGUAUGUGAUUCUCAUAGAGAAUGCAUAUUACCACAUCUUGCCCCCUGAGAACACUGUUCUACAACCACCCGUCCAGCUGACACCACUACAGCAUUAUAUCUCCAAAACCAUCUAUAGUGAUUUAAUGGAGCCCAAUUCAGAGACGAUGGUGUUGACUGUGCUGAGGAGUCUGGACUGGGAGAGUGAGGAGACAGCAGCCUACACGGUCCAGUGUCUCACCAAGGCUUUCAAUAUUGGUUAUUCUCGUAUUCGAGCUCUAGCCAGCGUCGUUUCCAUGCUGACAGACUAUCAGGAGGAGGGCGUCUGUUGUGUGGUAGAUGGAGUUCUAGAAGACAUCCGUCUUGGUAUGGAAGUGAACAAAGCUUCAAUGAACCAGAGGCGAGUUGCCAUGAUCAAGUAUUUGGGCGAGCUGUACAAUUACCGGCUGCUGGACACUGCAGAUAUACUCAGGGUGUUGUACUCCAUGUUAUCAUUUGAGAUGGUACAGGAACAGUCCAAGGUUGUUUGUGUUGAUCCUCCGACCAGUAUCAUCCGGUUACAUCUUAUACUGCUGUUGUUGAAUACUUGUGCCUUCCCUCUCUCCAACCAAGAGAUCUACAACAAACUCAAAUAUUUUUGUACCUACUUCCAGCAUUAUUACUGGAUGAAAAGAUCUUCUCCAAUGUGGUCGGAAGAGAGACCAUUUCCCACCGACUUGAUCUACCGGUUUGAAGAUGUUAUAUUUUCAAUAUGUUCUGAAUUUACUUUAGCUAAAGACCUUGAAGAAGCAAAUGAUUUUGUUACGGAUACAAACAUUAAACUCUGUUCUGAAAUGGCUCGGAUUAAUCCAGAUUAUGUUGAAUUGUUAGCAACAGUUUUUGAAGAGGAUGAGGAUGAUAGUGAAGAUGUAAAUGAAGAUGAGGAUGUGUCAAAAACUAAAUCAGAGUCACAAGUCAAGUUAGAGAAAAAAGAAGAAUCAGAGGAUGAUUUUAUACAGGAAUAUAAUAAAAUUAUUACAGAAAGCUUGAAAACACCUGAGAUAAAUAAACACAAAACGAAGACUGAAAUUUCACUUCCAUUAGGAUAUAAAAAAUUAAUAACAGAUGGUGAGCCUCAAUUUGUUCUGCUAUUCAAAAAAGGAAACAAGCAACUGUACAAACCACUCAAACUUCCUCCUGAUCAUGAGUUUUUUGCUGGUCUUAAAUCUGGAGAAGAGGCUAUUAGGAAAGAAAAUGCCAAGUUUAAAAGACUGACUCUUGAUAUAAACGAACGUUUACAGGAUGAAAUUUGAGGUUUUGAGCCUGGUACCAUAUAUUGGAUAUAAGUUGAAGAACAUUCUUAUAUAUAAUUAAUAUUUCUUUUAAACCCUAAUCAGUGCAUAAAUUGUUUGUCGAGGCACCAAGAGUCGAUAAUUAAAUGUUUUAUUGAAAUGUGAAAAUUUAUGUCCAUGUCAUAAAAUUUGUUUCUGUUAA